CCCCACACUUCUUCGAUUCUGGAUCAUCAACCAAACUAGAGACAGCAGCAUAGACUAGGCCUAGGCCUGGAAGUAUACGGUUUCACUAGGCCUAGCCUAAAUAUUGAAAAUUAAAAGGGUGUGUAAAUGCGUGAAAACAUGACAUCAAGUGACGUUAAAGACAUCUUGGAUUUUGAUGGAACUGGAGUGAUGGGACAAAGUUCCGAAGUAUCAAUCAAAGACAUUUUUGGAUCUGAUCAGAAAAAGAAACCAAAGAAAACAACAGAACCAGUUUUCAAACGACCCGAGGGCAUGCACAGAGAGCUGUAUGCACUGCUGUAUUCAGAUAAAAAUGACCCACCACCUCUGAUUCCAAGUGAUAGCAACACAGGCUACAAACAAGUUAAAGCUAAACUUGGCAUUAAGAAGGUGCGACCUUGGAAGUUUAUGCCGUUUACAAACCCUGCUAGGAAAGAUGGUUUUAUAUUUAAUCACUGGAGGAGAGUGGCAGAUGAGGGAAAAGAUUAUCAGUUUGCCCGAUUCAAUAAGCAAGUACAGGUGCCCAUGUACUCAGACCAGGAGUACCACCUGCACCUCCAUGAUGAGAAGUGGACCAAGCUGGCAACAGACCAUCUAUUUGACUUGUGUGGACGAUUUGAUUUUCGCUGGUUUGUGAUUCAUGAUCGCUUUGAUUCUCAUUCUCAUAGUAAAAGAAGUAUUGAGGACAUGAAAGAGCGCUAUUAUAACAUAGUUAAUAAACUUGCAAAAGUUCGUGCUGACCCAAGCCUUAGCAGUCGAGCUCCGCUUGUGUUUGACGCAGAGCAUGAACGAAAACGGAAAGACCAACUGAUUAAAUUAUUUGAACGAACACCAGAACAGGUUGAAGAGGAAGAACAGUUGAUUCAAGAACUAAAAAAAAUUGAAUUGAGGAAGAAGGAGCGAGAAAAGAAAGCACAAGAUUUACAGAAACUGAUUACCGCUGCAGACAACAGCGCAGAUGCUAGACGAGCAGAAAAAGCCUUCAAGAAGAAAAAGAUGCAUGCUGUACCCAGCAAGCGCUCCAAAGACCAUGAGUCGGGCUCCUCAAAGAAUCCUGAAAUUGCUGGCAUCAAAUUUCCAGAUUUCAAACAAGCCGGAGCCUCUUUACGCAGUCAGAGGAUGAAGUUACCUUCUUCUGUGGGUCAAAAAAAAAUGAAAGCUAUUGAGAUUUCGCUGGAUGAUUUAGGCGUACCUGUUUACCCAAUGCCAACAACAGAGAUUGCUAUUCAGUAUAAUGAACUCAGGUCUGAUAUAGUGUUGCUAUAUGAGUUAAAACUUGCCAAGGCAAAUAUUGACUUUGAGCUGCAGACACUUAGACACAGGCUGGAAGCCUUGGCUCAGGGUAAGGAUAUAGGUCCCGAAAUGACAGCACUGAUGCAGAGUACAAGUCUGACCAUUACUAGCCUAGCUGAACCAACUGCAGGGGACUCCCUCACCUCAGGCAAGAAAAUAUCAGAAAUGAUAGAUGUCGAUGUGGUCUCAACUACACCAUUAACUCCAAGAAAAAGAAGAGCUGCUAUAGAAUUGAACCUGAUAAAAAAGCUAAAGAGGUGAAGUAAUAGCCAGUCAGGAGGAUUUUAUUCAACAGGAAAAAUAGCCUUGGUUGUACUUGCAGUCCUUCAAAUGUCUUUAUGCAAAUGAACUGAAAACACCUGCAAUCCUCAAAUGUCAUUAUGUACAUGAGGGAAGACACUGUGUUAUAGGACGGAGCCAUCGCCAGGUGAUGGCUGGGUUUUUAAUCAUGAAUGCAAUGUUGGUAUAUUGCAAGUUUGCCUGAGGGAUCCAAAAAUAUUUUUGGUUAUAUAUUUACAUGGACAGAAACUGUUUCGCUGUUUAUAACAGUCCAUGUGAAAAGAGAUACCUUUUAGUGUUUGGAUACCUCAUCAGGCUUGAAGUGGUGGUACACUUGUUGGCAAUUACAUAAGAGGUAUUUGUAAUGGGUGGGAUAGGUUAUAAAUACAGUCAUGGUUUAAACCUUAAAAUGUUUUCAGGCUAAGUCAACUUUGCCUAACUCAAAUAAUUUCUCAGUCGAUCUUAUUUUACAUGUCAAAUUGUUGUGCUCUCCAUUAAUUAAUUAUCUGUAAGUCAGAUUUUAUCCAAGUCAAACAGUUUUUCAAUGCCAUUUUGGAUUCGACUUUGGCAAACUUAACUGUAUACAGCUUGAUAACAAAAUCAACAUUCCAGUUGGUAGCAAAUGACUUGGGUCAUCUGUUUAAUGUAUUAUAAGCGAGUUUUUUUGAAUAAAAUAACACACAGUGUA